AUGUUUGGCUUACUCGUUGGUGCGGCCUACCUUGGUCUCCUCACGAUCCCCGCGUUGGGGUUCGGAUUCACCGAGUCUGGGAACAAUAUCAUUGUCGAUACGGAAGGUGGUCUGACGUUUACUGUUGCUAAGAACUCUGGAGAUAUCACUUCUAUGGUGUUCAAUGGGAUCGAGGUCCAAGACAGCAGCAAGAGAAGUCACAUUUCCUCCGGAAUCGGGGCCAGUUGCUCCGCCGUCCGAACUGGAAACUCUAACAACUAUGUCAAAAUCACUUGUACUACCAGCACCCUCACGCAGUAUUAUGUUGCACGCUACAAAGAUCCUGCUAUUCACAUGGCUACUUACAUCACGGCCCAGCCAUCAGUUGGCGAGCUUCGUUUUAUUGCUCGCCUGAGACAGUCCGCAGUGCCCAAUGGUUACAAGGUGUCCGAGAUUCGUGGUGGUACCGCCAUCGAAGGCAGCGACGUGUUCAGAGUCGGUUCCGAGACGCGCUGCAAGUUCUAUUCCUCAAGGCAAUUCAUCGACGAUCAGGUCCAUGGUGUAACCGGAAAUGGCAUCGGCGUGUACAUGAUCAUCCCCGGUACUGGCUACGAGAGCUCCUCUGGAGGCCCCUUCUUCCGCGAUAUUAAUAACCAGGGAGGAGAUCAACAAGAGCUUUACUUCUACAUGAACUCUGGCCAUACCCAAACCGAAUCAUACCGCAUGGGUCUGCACGGCCCCUACGCCCUGUGGUUCACCACUGGUUCAGCGCCCUCGUCUUCCAUCGACCUGCUGUUCUGGGAAGGCUUGAGUAUCAACGGGCUCGUUCCCCGUGCCCAGCGUGGACGCGUUACUGGAAGGGCCUCUGGCAUUCCAUCUGCCUUCUCCAACUUGCAGGUGGUCGGCUUCUCUAACUCGAAUGCCCAAUACUGGGCCCGCACCGACUCCUCUGGAUCCUUCACAACCCCAUACAUGAAACCUGGAACUUACACGAUGAGACUGUACAAGAGUGAACUCGCCGUCGCAUCCCAGUCAGUUACUGUCAACUCCGGCGGUGUGACGACAUCGAAUAUCGCGUCCACAGAAGCCAACCCUACCUCUAUCUGGCAAAUCGGAGACUUCGAUGGAACUCCCAGAGGUUUCCUCAACGCCGACAAAAUCGAAACCAUGCACCCAAGCGACAAUCGCAUGUCGAAUUGGGCAUCAGCACUCACCUUUAACGUGGGCAGCUCAAUCAACUCUUUCCCCAUGGCGCUCUUCAAGACUAUUGGUCCUCUGACCAUUCGGUUCAACUUGUCAUCCUCUCAACUUGGAGCCCGUACUUUGCAAAUAGGAACCACUCUUGCGUUUGCUGGUGGACGGCCGUCAGUCCAAGUGAACAGCUGGAGCGCUCCCAACCCUUCAGCGCCAUCCCAACCCGAUUCCCGAGGUGUUACUCGCGGAACAUGGAGGGGAAAUAACAUGGUGUACAACUAUAACAUUCCUUCCGGAACCCUCGUCUCAGGCCAGAACACGAUAACUAUCAAUGUGAUCUCCGGUUCUUCCGGAGACAUGUACUUGUCCCCCAACUUCAUCUUUGAUGCAGUAAGAUUGUUCUAA